AUGGAAAUUUUAUCAUGUUACAAAUUUUAUAAUGGAUUUUUAAUUAUUGGAGUAAUUAUGAAUCUAUUUUAUAAAGUAUCCUCUAUUGAAUGUAUUCAGUGUGAUCGUGUUAACAAUUAUUUAUCACCGGAAGAAUUGGAAAUAUAUCAAAAGCAAUGCCAGGAAGGUACAUUACAUAAAACACCAUGUUUGAAUGAAACUCAUACACAUUGUAUUUAUUCUUACUUUCGACAAGGUGACGGAACCGAUAAAAUUUAUACUGAAAGAAAAUGUGGAACUGUUGAUGAUAUUUUUGGUUGCACUAUAUACAAAAGUCAUCGAAGAAUAAAAAAACAUUUAUUUGGUGCUACAGGAAGUUUGACAAGUCAAAAAAGAAGAGAAGCAAAUAUGUUUGUUGAAGUUUGUACAUUAGGUUGUGUUGGUGAACAUUGUACAAAUUCUUCAACAAAUUUCAAUAUAAUUUUUGGUAUUAUUUUUACAAUCAUAACUAAUUUGUUUAUAUGGAUCUAA